AUGCCCCCACCAAACGCGGCCCACUCAUGGCUAGCAGGUCGCCACUUUGGUAUCGUUAUUGACGCCGGCUCGUCAGGUUCGAGGUUGCAGAUUUACAGCUGGAAGGACCCUCGGACUAUCACUUUGGAGAAGGGGGACCCUCUUGCGUACACCCUGCCAAAGGUGGAGAAGGGUACUCAGGACGAGGACCAGUGGGUGAGCAAGGUAGAGCCUGGUCUUUCAUCGCUCGCAGAUAACCCUGAAAGUGCGGGCGCGUACUUGCGCCCUCUGCUAAGCCAUGCGCGAGACCACAUCCCCCCAUCUCUUCAAAAAGAGACGCCGCUCUUCCUGCUCGCAACCGCUGGCAUGCGUCUAUUGUCCCCAACUAAACAGGCUGAGAUUUUGAAAGAGACGUGUCGUUUCCUUAUCACGCAUUCGAACUUCAAAAUCGAUGGCCCGUCUGCAGUUGGGCCCUGUGGUUCCAGUGUCCGGAUAAUUACUGGAGAAGAGGAGGGUCUUUUCGGUUGGAUAGCUGUCAAUUACUUGAUGGACGGGUUCACGGGGUCAAGCAAGGAGCGGACGACAUAUGGGUUCUUGGAUAUGGGAGGGGCUUCAACUCAAAUUGCAUUUGAACCCAGUCUAGCUCAUCAAGGAAACACUAAGAACCUUAUCGACGUGCGGCUUCGCCUUCUUGGUGGAGAUGAAAUCCGUCAUAAAGUUUACGUGACGACCUGGUUGGGAUAUGGCACCAACCAAGCCAGGGAACGAUAUGUCGGGAAGGUGGUGACGGAGUUCGAAGCAAGUCGCGGCGAAGAAAACGAUAACGAUGUCGUACCUGACCCUUGUCUUCCAAGAGGUCUUGAAUUGACAGAAUCUCCAGUUCACGCGUCAAGACCUGCGUCAUCGCAUUUAAGUGCGACACAUCGAUUACGAGGGACAGGUUCUUUUGAGCAGUGUGUUCAAAACGCUUCGUCAUUGCUCAACAAAAACGCCCCAUGUCCGGAUUCACCAUGCCUCAUGAACGGCGUACAUGUCCCCCCAAUUGACUUUUCCGUGUCCCACUUCAUUGGGGUUUCAGAAUACUGGUACUCUUCGGAACAUAUCUUUGGUCUGGGAGGUGCAUACGACUUUGUUCAGUACGAGCGCGCCGCCUCUAAGUUUUGCUCAAGAGACUGGCCGGGAAUUUUGAAGGAGCACGAGGAGUCUCGCUGGGGACCAAACGUGGAAUUACCUCGUCUACAGAUGCAAUGUUUCAAGGCAGCUUGGAUCGCCAAUGUUCUUCAUGAGGGCAUUGGAAUGCCGCGAAUCGUGGAUCCAGGAGGGAACUCGACGACUGACGCGGAUAAAGUGGUGGAGGAGGCGGAAAAGAAGGGUCUGGGCAGACCCAGGCCAACCUUUCAGUCACUCGAUACUGUUGGUGAUAUCGCUAUCAGCUGGACCCUUGGGAAAAUGGUACUCGAGGCGAGUAAAGAGGUUCGUCCU